GUGUGCGUUUCCCUGCAUUUACGUGCGCGCUGGUUGCGGUGCUCCGUCCGGUCCUCGUCGAAUCCCGUUCCCGUUCGCUGCAAAGUGCCCCAAACUGUUUCCGUUCCGGUGGAAUCGCUCGCGUGAAACCCCCGGCCGUCGCGUCCGCCCGUGCGUUGCUCCGGAUCGGGCCCGAAAGUGGCCCAAAACUCGAUCCAGACUUGCUGUCGCCGCGCCGCCUUAGAUUGUUCUUUCUCUUGUUGUUUUUUUUUGUGGACGCCGGAAAGAGGUUCGCGUGAAUCUCGGCCGGUGGUGGUGUGCGUGAAAUUGCGUGAUUUUGACGUUUGACGUCACGGCCGCAGAUUGUUGCUGCUGUCUCACUUUGACACUUGGGGUUGAUUCUGCUGCGGGGGGAGUUUUUUUUGUGUGGAGGUUGCGCGAUUGUGUGUGUUUGGUUCUGGCAGAAGCAAAAUCAGCAAACAGCAGCAGCAGCAGCAGCUCAAAAGUGUGAAAUUUUUGUCAGCCGCAGACGCUACCGAAACGGAUUCUGUUGGUUCUUCCCCCGGGGGUGCGAAUAAAGUGCGGUUCCGGAACGCAAUUGUGAGAGUGUCGUGCCAGGAUAACAUAAGAAACCCGACAAUCGGUUCGCAAAAUUAGUGCCCCAGGAAAAAGCUUCGAGAGCAAGUGGACGGUUCCCCAGUGAAGAAAGGAGGGGGGGCAGACGGAAGGCGGAUUCAACCCACGACGAUACAUUCGCCACAUUCUACAGGAGGCCACCAUUUCUCAGCAGCAGCCUUCAAAAGAAAACCAACACACACAUUCACCACCGUCACCGUCGGCUACAGUGACACUGUAACACACCGCUGUUGAGUUUGCACAACCCGCGCGGAAAGGUUCAGAUUUCUUCUUCACGAUGGACACUGACGAUGUGGAGUCCUCGAGUAGUAGCACCAUGUCCUCGCUGAACUCGCUGUUUUCGUUCACGAGCCCGGCCGUCAAGAAGCUGCUCGGCUGGAAGCAGGGCGACGAGGAGGAAAAGUGGGCCGAAAAGGCGGUCGAUAGUUUGGUGAAGAAGCUGAAGAAGCGAAAGGGCGCGAUCGAGGAGUUGGAGCGGGCGCUGUCCAGCCCGGGGACGCCCUCGAAGUGUGUGACAAUUCCGCGCUCGCUGGACGGGAGGUUGCAGGUGUCGCACCGUAAAGGUCUUCCGCAUGUCAUCUACUGCCGAGUGUGGCGUUGGCCGGAUCUGCAGAGUCACCACGAGCUGAAGCCGAUCGAGACGUGUCAGUAUCCGUUUAGCGCCAAGCAAAAGGAGGUAUGCAUCAAUCCGUAUCACUACAAGCGCGUGGAGAGUCCGGUGUUGCCGCCGGUUCUGGUGCCGCGCCACUCGGAGUUUGCGCCGGGUCACUCGCUGUUGCCAUUCCACCAGAUGAAUGAACCGAACAUGCCACACAACGUGAGCUAUACGAACGCCGGCUUCAACAGCAUGAGCAGUGGAGGUGGUGGAGGCGGUGGCAACGGCGGUGGAGGAGGUCCAAACUCGCCCAUAUCGUCGCACAUGGGACCGAACAGUCCGAUUUCUUCGGUGUCCAGUCCGGGACCGAUCAAUUCAAAUCCUCAGAGCCCGUACGGGUCGCUGCCAGAGACUCCCCCGCCGGCGUACAGUCCUCCAGAAGACGGGAACAACGUGGCAGGCCAGGAAAACAACCAGAUGGACACAAAUCAGAUGCACGGCGAGGUGGCCCCGGUCAGCUACCAGGAACCUCCGUACUGGGCCAGUAUAGCUUACUACGAGCUGAACUGCCGCGUUGGCGAAGUGUUCCACUGCAACUCGACGUCGAUCAUCGUGGACGGGUUCACCAACCCCUCGAACAACUCGGACCGCUUCUGUCUGGGCCAGCUGAGCAACGUCAACCGCAACAGUACAAUCGAAAACACACGUCGUCAUAUCGGAAAGGGAGUGCACCUGUAUUACGUCGGUGGCGAGGUCUACGCCGAGUGCCUGUCCGACUCGGCCAUCUUCGUGCAGAGCCGCAACUGCAACCACCACCACGGAUUCCACCCCAGCACCGUGUGCAAAAUCCCGCCCGGUUGCUCCCUCAAGAUCUUCAACAACCAGGAGUUUGCCCAACUCCUGUCCCAGUCCGUCAACCACGGCUUCGAGGCCGUCUACGAGCUGACCAAGAUGUGCACGAUACGAAUGAGCUUCGUCAAGGGUUGGGGCGCCGAAUACCACCGACAGGACGUCACGUCCACACCCUGCUGGAUCGAGAUUCACCUGCACGGCCCGCUCCAGUGGCUCGACAAGGUGCUCAUCCAGAUGGGCUCGCCCCACAACGCAAUCAGCUCGGUGUCGUAAGGACUUGACUUGACGAAGUGAAUGUGCGUUCGUACGUGCGUGUGAUGAAUGUGUUUUUAAAUACUUUUAGCAGCUACCGUUGAGCAAAACUGUAGCUUUUAUUAUUUUCUAAAGCAAUUGUUUUACUCUUCUCUAAAUUAAGGAAAAAAGCGCGUUCGCGUAAAAUGUAGUAAGGUAAGGAAGAAAUGACUAAGACGCUGCAAACGUUUGGACAAAUAAAUACAAAAUUUCCGGAGACUUGAACAAGUAUUCAAUUAGUGCAAUUUCUUUUUAAAACAAAACACACAGACGAAACACUAUUUGCCAUUAUAUAUUUUUGUCUUGUACUACUUUUAACCUUUACCAUUUCUUUCGAUAAAAUCAAAAUUAUUCAUAUAGUUUUAAACAAACAGAUGCGUUUCUUUCAAAAAGAACAAUUUUAUUAGAUAAGUUAUGUUUUCUGUUUUUAUUUUUAUCGCGUAGAUACUAUUUUACACUCUAGUAAAUAUUUU